GUCCGACCGCCGAGCGUAGCCAAAUCCAGAGACCUAGACAUACAAAACAAGUGCUAUAUAUCGCAACAAAGAUAUGGCAAAUUGAGCGCGAUUCGAAUACAAUUGCCGCAGGAAACGGUGCGAAAACCGCGUUACGGAAGUGUGUGCGUCCCGUGGUGCGAACCCAGACGAGUGUCAAAUGAUUUUCGUGCAGAAAUACACCUAGGAAUUUAGGAUGUCGGUGUCAGCGGCGGAAGCGGACAGCCGGAUGCAAGCCUCCGGCAUUCAGCAGCUACUCACCACCGACCUGACGACACUCUUUCACAGACAGGGAGUGCAUGCACCUCCACCCCCGCAUCCCAACAUGCAGCAAUCCAAUAUACCGUCAGUUGAGUCAUGGCAGGCAAGCCCUCCGAGGCAGAGCGGAAGUCCGACCACGCAGACGACCUUCACAGAUCCACUCGCCUCAGGAGGCGCAACUCCGAGUGGAAGCACGAGCACGGCGGUGGCCCUCACCGGAACAGGAGCCGGUGGUGCACUUGCAACAACCGCAGAAACUCCACAUUUCCAAUGCCCGCGCAGACCGAACCUCGGCAGGGAAGGCAGACCCAUUGGCCUGAAGGCCAACCACUUCCAGAUCACGAUGCCCAGAGGAUUCGUACAUCACUACGACGUCAACAUCCAACCUGACAAGUGUCCCAGAAAAGUUAACAGGGAGAUAAUAGAGACUAUGGUACACGCGUAUGGAAAGAUCUUCGGCACACUGAAGCCUGUCUUUGAUGGACGCAACAAUUUGUAUACCAGAGACCCGUUGCCGAUAGGCAAUUCUCGCGAGGAUUUAGAAGUGACGUUGCCCGGGGAAGGCAAAGAUAGGUUGUUCAGAGUGUCAAUUAAGUGGAUAGCUCAGGUAUCACUGUACGGUUUGGAGGAAGCUCUGGAGGGUAGAACUCGCCAGAUCCCAUACGAGGCAAUCCUUGCUUUGGACGUAGUGAUGAGGCAUUUGCCGUCGAUGAACUAUACUCCAGUUGGAAGGAGUUUCUUUAGUAGUCCAGAGGGUUACUACCAUCCGCUGGGAGGUGGUCGUGAGGUAUGGUUCGGGUUCCAUCAAUCGGUGCGACCCAGCCAGUGGAAGAUGAUGUUGAAUAUUGACGUGUCCGCGACAGCGUUUUACAAAGCCCAGCCGGUUAUAGAAUUUAUGUGCGAAGUGCUCGAUAUUAGGGACAUCAACGAACAGAGGAAACCAUUGACCGAUUCGCAGCGUGUCAAGUUUACCAAGGAAAUCAAAGGGCUCAAAAUUGAAAUCACUCAUUGCGGAACAAUGCGGAGAAAAUACCGUGUUUGCAAUGUGACGCGAAGACCUGCCCAGAUGCAAUCCUUUCCCUUGCAAUUGGACAACGGUCAGACGGUGGAAUGCACAGUAGCCAAAUACUUUUUGGAUAAAUACAAGAUGAAACUGAGAUAUCCGCACUUGCCAUGCUUGCAAGUGGGACAGGAGCACAAGCAUACUUAUCUACCGUUGGAGGUGUGCAACAUUGUGGCAGGACAGAGGUGCAUCAAGAAGCUGACCGAUAUGCAGACGUCGACGAUGAUCAAGGCGACGGCUCGGUCGGCGCCGGAUCGUGAGCGCGAGAUCAACAACCUGGUGAGGCGGGCCGACUUCAAUAACGACAUCUACGUGCAGGAGUUCGGUCUGACCAUCUCGAAUAACAUGAUGGAGGUCAGAGGUCGCGUUCUGCCGCCGCCGAAGCUACAGUACGGAGGUCGAGUCGCUUCCCUAAGCGGACAGGUGGGCUGGCACAGCAAGCAACAAGCGAUGCCGAAUCAAGGAGUUUGGGAUAUGAGAGGGAAGCAAUUUUUCACGGGCGUUGAGAUCAGGGUUUGGGCAAUUGCAUGCUUCGCCCCUCAGCGAACAGUGCGCGAGGACGCUCUCAGAAAUUUCACCCAGCAACUUCAAAAAAUAAGCAACGACGCCGGAAUGCCGAUCAUCGGACAACCAUGUUUCUGCAAAUACGCCACCGGUCCAGAUCAAGUCGAGCCCAUGUUUAGAUACUUGAAGUCCACGUUUCAAUCGUUGCAGCUCGUCGUAGUAGUCUUGCCUGGAAAAACUCCUGUUUACGCGGAAGUUAAGCGCGUCGGAGAUACUGUCUUAGGAAUGGCCACGCAAUGCGUGCAGGCUAAGAACGUGAACAAGACAUCACCGCAGACACUCUCGAAUUUGUGCCUGAAAAUUAACGUCAAAUUGGGCGGCAUUAACUCAAUAUUGGUUCCGUCAAUCAGACCCAAGAUAUUCAAUGAGCCUGUCAUAUUCCUCGGAGCUGAUGUUACACACCCACCGGCUGGUGAUAAUAAAAAGCCGUCAAUAGCAGCUGUAGUAGGGUCAAUGGAUGCACAUCCAUCACGAUAUGCAGCAACAGUUAGAGUACAGCAGCACAGACAAGAAAUAAUACAGGAGCUCAGCUCUAUGGUCAGAGAGCUAUUAAUUAUGUUUUACAAAUCGACGGGUGGUUACAAACCCCAUAGGAUUAUUUUAUAUCGGGACGGCGUUUCCGAAGGACAAUUUGUCCAACUUUUGCAGCACGAGUUAACAGCUAUCAGGGAGGCAUGCAUUAAACUGGAAUCGGAUUACAAGCCGGGCAUCACGUUCAUCGUGGUGCAGAAGCGCCAUCACACCAGACUCUUCUGCGCUGACAAAAAGGAGCAGAGCGGGAAAAGCGGUAACAUCCCGGCCGGGACCACCGUCGACGUGGGCAUCACCCACCCAACGGAAUUCGAUUUUUACCUUUGCAGUCACCAGGGUAUUCAGGGUACGUCCAGGCCAUCACAUUAUCACGUCCUGUGGGAUGACUCGCAUUUAGAUUCGGAUGAAUUGCAAUGUUUAACAUAUCAAUUAUGCCAUACUUAUGUUCGGUGUACGCGCUCCGUGUCGAUUCCCGCUCCAGCCUAUUAUGCCCAUUUGGUUGCAUUCCGUGCGCGCUAUCACCUCGUCGAAAAAGAACACGACAGUGGUGAGGGAUCUCACCAGUCGGGUUCUUCUGAGGAUCGCACGCCGGGUGCUAUGGCUAGAGCGAUAACCGUACACGCCGACACCAAAAAGGUCAUGUAUUUCGCUUAGUGUUUAAGAAAGUACGACAUUCUGUUGAUUUACUAGUAGCAAUAGUUAGUAGCAAAGCAACAGUCAUGUCGGCUGAGCACGAGGGAGGGGAUUCAAAGAGCUGCUUAAUUUUCGAAAUCGAUAAUUAUGAUGAUUAGUAAUUAAACACAAUGCGUGCGCGAGCGCGCGCGCGCGCGCUAUUCGAUGUACAAAAUACCCAAGAUACUUACAGUAUGUACUCGAGUGCUCACAUUUACAAACUUAGAACGCUGGUAGCUUGUAUUGAGUAGUAUUUUUUUCUUCGGUUGUAGGUAGGUAGGAAUAUGUUUUACGUUUUUCGAUUUGCCAAAAGAGUUAAAAUAAACAAAUCAUGUAUAUUUGUAUCUAUAUCCAAAAAAAA